ACAAAAGACAAACAAACAAGGAGGCAAAACACCAACAAAUCACUUCACAUGGUGAUUCCACUAACUAAUGAAAUUGAACUUUGUCCUUCAUCAUCAGAAGAAUCCCAAAAGCAUCUAAAUAAAUAAAUAUAAUAUGCAGCUUUUGUAGGUAUAAACUUGAAUUCAAAGGAUUGCUCUGUUUUUCACUAGGAAAAUUCUCAGUCUUCUCUCAAAUUUGAUUCAGAUACUCGACACUUGAGUAAGUGUAUAUGUGAAAUUGGACAUUCAUUUGCAAUGUUUAAGAAAAUUAUAGUGGUGCUGUUGAUUGGAUUAGUAGCGUGGGCAUAUCAGAUGACCCGACCUCUGCCUUCGAAAAUCUGUGGCUCCCCAGGUGGUCCUCCCAUAACCGCAACUAGAAUAAAGCUUAGAGAUGGGAGACAUUUGGCCUAUCAAAAGAUCGGUGUCCCUAAAGAUAUGACCAAACAUAAGAUCAUCUUCUUUCAUGGAUUUGCCUGCAGCAGGCUCGAUGGAACAAUUUUAAAACCGGAAAUGGCUGAAGAACUAGGGGUGCACGUUGUGUCAUUUGAUAGACCAGGUUAUGGAGAAAGUGAUCCAGAUCCAAAGAGAACCGCGAAAAGUAUAGCUUUUGAUGCAGAAGAGCUAGCUGAUCAGUUGGGGCUCGGAUCAAAAUUUUAUGUAGUCGGGUAUUCCAUGGGAGGACAGGCGGUUUGGGGCUGCCUCAAGUACAUCCCACACCGGCUAGCUGGGGCAACGCUAAUCAAUCCUGCUGUCAACUUCUGGUGGCCUAGUUUUCCUGCAAAUUUAUCCAAUGAAGCCUACUACCAACAAUUUCCUCAAGAUCAAUGGGCGCUUCGGGUUGCUCAUUACACCCCUUGGCUUACCUACUGGUGGAACACUCAGAAAUGGUUUCCUCCCUUUAGUAUCAUAGCCGGAAACCCUAAAUUUCCUCCCCAAGAUUUCGAACUUUCUUCUAACCUGCCCACGCCACAGAUGAUCAAGGUUAUAAUGCAACAAGGAGAGUUCGAGUCCAUCCACAGGGACAUGAUGGUUACAUUUGGGAGUUGGGAAUUUGAACCGGUGGAUCUUCAGAACCCUUUCCCUGACAACGAAGGUUCAGUACACCUGUGGCAGGGUGAUGAAGAUGGCCUUGUCCCUGUCACGCUGCAACGGUAUAUCGUUCAAAGGCUUCCAUGGAUUCACUACCAUGAGGUUCAAGGUGGUGGGCACUUGUUUGCUUACACAGAUGGAUUCAGAGAGGCUAUCUUCAAAACACUCUUGGGGACAAGUAACCUUACAGUUCGUUUGGUAGAGUAGGCAAGAAGAGAAAUCCAAGUGAGAAAAUAAAAGAAAUGAUUAUAAUUUCUCACCAUCUCAUUUGAUUGAACAAUACAUGAAAAAGAAUACAAGUGCUUUCUAGAUGGGUAAUUCCUAUAUUACAAAUUUUUGUAACGAGUUCUCAUUUUUCACCAAAUCUCACCAUUUCUGACAAGAAACAAAA